CUGCUUCGCGACCAUGAGAAGAAGUGGGCCGACCGCCAACGAGUGCUCGACGACGACAAAGCGUUGGCCCGAGCCAAACUGGCCGAUCGAUUGGCCAAGCGCCAGAGCAAACCGCUGGCAACAGCGGUGCAGAAGCAGUUUGAGGACGCGCUGGCGCGAAACGAAGAAGCCAUCGCUGUCGCGUCGCUCGUCGAGAAGGCACAGCUUGGCGUGCUCACGGCUGGUGAGAAGGACGCUGUGGACCUGGUCGAGACACACGACGCCAAGUGGCAAGACCGCCUUCGUGACAUCGACCUUCUCGAAGACAACUUGUCCGAGAUGCUCGACGACAGGGUGGCCCGCGAGUGCUUGCAAGCGCAAAUGGAAGCCGAGCGCACCGCUAUCAUCCACCAAGCUGUUCAAGAAAAGCACCAAAUUGGCAUUUUGCAAGCAAGCAGUGAGUGUGCGCCAGCCGACCACGAGGACACGAUUGCGGCGCUGCAAGCAGCGUACAUGCGCGAGUGGGCGCGCAAGCAGCAAGAGCUCGGCGACGAGGCGCAGUUGCGUCGAGACCACCUCGCCGAGCGUCUUCAGCGACAGCGCAAGCGAAACGAGGCACUGCCCGCUGCUGAGCGCGAGGCCGCCGAGGCGGUGGCUCUGGUCGGUACCGAGCAAGACACUCGUGCAAUCGAUCUCGCGCUUGCCAUUCGAAAAGAGGCGCUCGACAGAGACUUGCUGGUUACAAAGGCCAAGCUCGGUCAGCUUGCACCCGACGACCACGAGCUCAUCGAGAAGCUUCUUCGCGAGCACGAAGCCAAGUGGGCGGACCGGCAGCGUCAGUUGCGCGACGAUCAUGCGAUGGCCAAGGCGAGCUUGGCGGCCCGUUUGAAGAAGCGGGUCCACCCUACGCUGAACGCACUGGUGACGACAGCCGUCGAGAACGCAUGCAGCGCGCAAGACCACUCGAUCGCUUUGGCGGCCAUGCUCGAGAAGGCGCAACUCGGUCAGCUAACACCCGCCGACGCAGCUUCGUUGGACUCUGUCAAGGCGUCGCUGGCGGCGUCCACGCGCGCGCAACUUGCCACGCUCGACGCUCUCGAGGCUGAGAUUCCACCGGGUGACGAGAUGGCUGACGCCGUCACGAGCGCGAUUCAAGCCGAACGAAACACUAUUUCGGCCAACGACAUGGCGCUGCAGCGCCAGCUUUUGACCAUCGUCGAUGCCACCCGUGAGCCUAAGAGUCUUCUUGACUAUAGCAGCCUCGCCAACCAGGUGUUGGACGCCCACGAUCAAGCAUGGAAAGAUCGCAUGCGUCGCCUUCAGAGCGAAGAAGACCAACUGCGCGCACGUCUCCAAGAGCGCCUGGCCAAGAAGCGUGCGCGCAACACAACAUCCGCGUCGUUAGCGAUACGACCCACGACCGCCGAUGAAGCCGCCGUCCUCGAAGCCCAGAUUGACCGCCAGAUGGAGCUUCAGCGCGAUUUGCUCGAGCUCCGGCGCUUAGCCGAGAAACAGGCAGCGAACGAUCUCACGUCGGACGACGACGCCGCGAUCGAGCGCUUGCGCCGGGAGCAUGCUUCCAAGAGCAAGGACCUAAAGAAUGCUCUCUUGGACGAAGAGAAGCGGCUCAAAGCCAGCUUGCAGGACCGACUGCAGGCCAAGCGCGAUGCUCUCGCGGCCAAAACGUGGCCAUCCGUGCAAGCCAAGGCGCAAGCCCUCCAAGACAUUGUUCAGGAAGAAAAGACGGCAACGCUCGACAUUGAGCAUGCCAUGGACGUCAAGGAACAUGCAAUUGAUGCUGCGCUGCUCGAGCAACAGCAGCAGCUCGAUGCCUUGUCGGCGGGCAACCUCGACGACGAGACCAUCGCCAAGCUCGUGGCGGACCACGACGCGCGCUGGCGUGCGCGCCAGGACGAGCUCGCAGACGAGGCCAAGCGUCUUCGUGGGCGGCUUAACGACCGGCUCGCCCACCGGCGGCAGCAAAACGAGAAGAGCACGGCGUCGCUCCUCGAAAAGCAGCAAGCCGAAAAGGACUUGGCAGCCGAUGAGGCGUUGCUUCGGGACGCCUUGGAGAAACAGCUUCGAGUUCGCGUCGAGCAGCUCGAGGCGCAAAUGCUGGCCGAGAAGGCGCGUCUCGGCACUCUCACCUCCGACGACGAAGCGCUCAUCCAAAAGGCAACUCACGAGCACGCCGCCCGAGCCAAAACGCGUCAGAGUGAGCUGAACGACGAAGAGAAGCGGCGAAAGGACAUGCUUCGCGCGCGUCUGGCGGCCAAGCGAGCGCUAAACGCUGCGAGCUCCAAGCCACAGGAAGAGAAGGAUGCAAUCACGAUGCAGCUCGACGCACAGGAGCGCAAGGAAGUCGAGCAGAUCGAAGCGGUGGUCGAUGCCAAGCGCGUCGUGGCCUCGACAACCGCUGCGAUCGUCCAGGCUGUUCUGCCGCCACUGAAUUACGACUCGGAGAUCGACGCGCUGCACGCGGAGCACGCCAAGCGCAAGGCAGAGCGCAACCAACAGCUCGAAGACGAAGCCACACGACUCCGGGGACGGCUCCAGGACCGUCUCGCGAUGCGCAAGCGGCAUGACUCGAUCUCGGAAGCAGAGGCGGCGGAGCUCCAAGCGCAGCUUGAGGCCGAUUUGGCCCACAAGCGGGCAGACGCCGAGCGAGCGACGCUGCUCGAGAAAGCGAAAGCCAAGAUUGCGACUGACGAAGACGAAGCUCGCAUUCGACAGCUUCGCAUGGAGCACGACGAGACGAGCAAAGCGCGAGAUCAAGCGUUGCGGGCUGAAGAAGCCCGCUUAAAGGACCGGCUGACGCAGCGGCUCGCCAAGAAGCGGGAGAAGGUCCUCGCGUUAAGCAGCGCCAACCAAGAUGUGCUGUUGCGGCAGCUUGAAGACGAGGAGGACCGAGAGGUGGUAGCGAUCGAGACGGCUGUCGAUGCAAAGCGUGCCGCCGCGUGGUCGCCGCCGCCGUUUCCAAAGCCAGCAUUUGAAGACCACGAAGCCGACAUCCAAGCGAUCAAUGCCGAGCAUGCCAAGCAUGCUCUGGAACGCCAACGUCUCCUGGACGAAGAGGAGGCGCUCAAGAAGGCACGGCUGCGCGAGCGCAUGGAGAAGAAGCGACAGGCGCGCGACCAAGCGUCGGUCGCGAGCAACCAAGAUCAGCUCGACCAAGCACAGCUGGACGCAGAAUUGGCCAAGAUUGAGGCUGAGAUGGCGGCCAAGCGAGUGGACGCCGAGAUACAGGCGCGGGCCGCUGCGGCAGCCGCCGCCAGUGCAAAGGCAGCGUCCCAAAAGCAAGUCGAAGACAUGAUCGAACAAGUCAAGCGCGACCACGCGCGUGAAAUGGGCGCCCUCCAAGAGUCAUUGAGCGCUGACCGGGCCAAGCAAGAGCUAGCUCUGAAAGAGCGCAUCGCCGCACGGCGCCAGGCCAAGAGCCUAGACAAGACGCAAGACAAGGCCAUCGAUGAGGACGAACGCGCUCAAGUCGACGCGCUUCGCGCCAAGCUCGCCGCUGACGAGGCCGCAGCUCUUGCGGCAGCCAAGCGCAAGGUCAACGACGAGAUUGCAGCCUUGCAGCGCCAAGCGGCAGCCACCGCCGAGCUCCAGGCCCAUCGCGCCGCCGAAGAGAAGCAGCUCGCCGAGUCCGAGUAUGUCCGACUCAAGACCGAGCAUGAGACCGAGAUGCAGCAGCUGCAGGCCACCCUCGACUCGGAGCAGGCGCGACAAGAGCAAAAGCUAAAGGACCGCAUCGCGCAACGUCGCCUCGCCAAAGAGAAGGAGUUAAGCCACGUCGCCGAAGCCGGCAGUGUCGCCAAGGCCCGCGCGGCGCUCGAUGAAGAAGAGCGUCUCGAGAAGGCCAAGCUGGCCACGGACCUCGCGGCCCAAGCCGAAGCGGCGCUGCACGAAGAACGGCAGCGCCAGGCCAAUGCGGAGAAAGCAGCGACGGAAAAGCUAGCGCAAGCCGCAAUCGAAGCGGCGGCCGCGACCGCAGCCAUGGACGCGUUCCGGGCCGCCGAGCUGGACCGUGUCUCGGCCGACUUUCAAGCGCAAAUGACGCAACUCGCGCAAGCCCACCACGUGGAGGCAACGACGCAAAAGAGCAAGCUCGAGAUGCGUAUGGCGGCCAAGAAGCAGCGAAAGGCACUCGAGCUCCAAGCCAAGAAGGAAGAGGAGACGCGGCGGCUCGUCGCGGCCCAGGCCGCCGAAGCGCAGCAAGUGCAAAGUCGACUCGACGGCGCCGCUGCUUUAGCUCAGGCAACCGCGCUUGCCAACGCCGUGUCCGACGAAGACUUGUCGAUGGCGGCCGCGCGGACCGAGCUCCUUGCCAAGCAAGCUUUGGAGAAGAAGCGGCUCGAAGACGACGCCCACCGGGAGCUCGAGGUCGCGCAAAAGCAGCUGCAAGAAAAGAUGCAGGAAGCACUCGACUCGACGCGGACCAAAUUGCAGUCGCAGCUCACCGAGUCGCAGGCGCAGAUCCAAGUCAAAGCCGAGCUCGAUCGCGUCCAAAACGAAUUCCACGAAAAGGAACGCGCGCUCACCGACAGUCUCAAGCUCGAGUCGAGCCAGAAGAAGAAGGAUCUCAUGCGCCGCCUCGAAGAGAAGAAACGCAAGAAGACGGACGAUCUCCUCGCCAAGCAGCAAAUGGAGCGCGACGCCCAGAAAGAGCAGCAAGAAACCCUCGCUGUGAAGCUCGAAAUCGACCGUGAAGUCGCCAUGAUCCACAAGCUCUUGGCGCAAAACCAAAUCGUCGUGUCGCAGCUCCGCCCGCUUGUCCAGCGCGUGGUCGAGAAGCGGCACAAGCGCGAGCAGUCGCUGCUCUUUGCGCGGCAGUACCGCAACCGCGCGGCCGUCCUUCGCGACGGUCUCCAAGCGCUCAUGCUCGAAAAGAACGCUGCCAAAGAAGCGCUGCUUUCAACGCUAAGCAACGUGGACGCAGCGGCCAAGGACACGCAGCUUGACGAACUCGACGCGACGUUCCGUGUGCGACAGCAAGAGAUGGAAGCCCAUGGUACGAGCGACAUGGAGGCCGCGCAGUCCCACGAGCAAGAAGUGCUCCGGUCGCGCCAAGUGGCCGACGUCAACGGGCUAGUCGAGCGCUUUGCAGCGUCGUGUUUGCCCGACCCCGUAUCUGCACCAAUAGCCACAACAACCCCAGCCGCAACCACCACCAUCGUGAGCUCUUUGAUUCGAGAAGAUGAGCACGCCGCGUUGCGCGCGCAUCUCGAGCUCGAAAAGCAAAAGCGCAUCGAUGACAUUCUGCACGAAAGCAACGCGGCCAUGCAGCUGGUACGGGAUACGCUUGCAACCGAGUGGGCGACGAUCGACGCGCAAACAGCGGCGCAGCUCGAGCAAGAGCGCGCGGCUGCGGACGUCCAGAAACAAGCUCUUCUCGCCAAAUCCAACGGACCGCGCCAAGCGUUGAUGCUCAAAACACUCGAGUCGGAGUGGCACAAGCAGUUUGCGUCGCUUGCCACCAUGCUGAAAGCGCGGGCGCAAAAGAAGAAGGAACGGUGCGAACGUGUCUGCAAGCGCAAGCUCAAGCGCCUCGACGACGAUACCAAGCGGCGCAUUGACGUGGUGCAUGCGCAGACGAUGCUGGCGCUCACCGACGAGAUCGCACGCGCCAAGCACGAGGCGCCACCACCCGCGGCCGCCGAGACGACGACUGCUCCGCUGGUGGGGUUUGGCCGCGACCGGUUGCAGAAUGCGAUCGGAAAGGCCCGAACAAUGAGUCGGCUCGGCAGCUUCGACGGGCCAGCGACACCCCGCGAGACGCAAGAGCGUCGGCAAUUAGCAGCCGCCGUCGUUCUCCAAGAGCCAGUGCGAGACGACGACGUGACGCCACGGGCGGUGGUGAAAUCGGAGGGUCCGGACCCUGUCGCCGUGAUUGCCGAAAAGCUCGACAGCAUCGAGCGCUUGAUCCAGCUCAUUGGCACCACCAAGCCAGUGGUGGCCCCGGUCGUCGACAUACCGAAACCAUUGGUCGUCGACACGAAAGCCGCUGUGUUGCAAGCCUACCCGGGUAUCGAGCAAGAUGUGCGUACGCCGGCGGGGCCGUUGCAGGCGCUGGAGGAUGCUGCGUUGCCGCCCCGUCAAAAGCUCCGCUUGGACUUUGGCCGGGCGCUCGCCACGUCGCUUGAGGCAAACAUCCACAUCGUCGCCGCGACGUCGUUGCCACUCAACCCGACCAAAGGCGUGUUUGAGCACUCGAUCUACUGGGAUCUUUCGACGAGAACGCUGUAUUUACGGCAGUCGCACCUCGAGAGCGCAGCCGAACUCGCGAUUUUGCUCGUGCACACGCUCGCCCACCUGCAGGCGCACUCGAGCUCGUUUGACGACGACACGGCGCCGGCGUUCGUGACAGUCUUUUAUCGGCUCCUCGGACGCUGCUACCAGGAUUUCUUUGCCAAGAGCGACCAAGUCCACCCUGCUGUCGCCGAAGCGCCUGCUGCGAUGCCACCAUUGGAGUUGAAGCCGCUGCAUUUUCAGUCCGAGCGCAUACAUCAGCGGCUGAGCGAGAUGCAGUCGUUUCUGGCGCGCAUCGACGACGACAGCGUCGACACCAUGUCGUCCGAGGCGUCAAGUGUGCUUCCCAAGCGAGGCUCGUCGCCCCGCCUCAAGAAACUCGGGUCGAGCCGGGUGCUCUUCAUGGCCAACUCGGAGCAGCAAGUGCAGUCGCUCCAGGAGUGUCUGGACAUUGCAGAGAAGUCGUACAUGGAGACCCUCAAGCGCUUUACUGAAACCAGCGACUCGGUGGAGCUCCUCGAAGACGCGCUGCACGAAGCGCAGGCGGAGGGACAUUCGCCAGCCGAGAUUCAGAGUCUCCAGCGGCAGUACAGUGAAGCCGCCAUGGACCUCGAGCGCGUUAAGAAGGACCGAGACGAAGUCGCCCAGCGCUGCGAGAAGCUCCGCAGCGAAAUCAAGUCCAAGCUCGGCAAAGCCUAG